AUGGAGGGAUCUCGGUGUGGCGUCCGGCUCAAAUCAGAGAAGCCCCUCUGCGAGUACAGGAAGAAGGAAGAUGCGGAGUACUACGCCUGCAUCCCACCCAAAACCCUUCCCUGCAGCACCCUGAGGACCAUGCGUUUCGCCAUCAAUGUGGGUGAAUCUGAGUGCAACAUUGCGCUCCACAUCAACCCUCGCUUUCAAGGCUGUGGCCCAGGUGUCAUCGUCCUGAACGCCAUGAAGGAUGGGUCCUGGGGUACUGAAGUGAGAGAUGAAAGAAACUUUCCUUUCCGGCAGGGCGAGGAGUUUGAGGUGUCCAUCACCUUUGCCAAUGACAAGUUUUACAUUAGCCUGCACGACGGCCACAUGCUGGAGUUCCCCAACCGCCUGGAACAGCCCCAGUACAGUAAAAUCUGGUUUACAGCAGACGUCAGAAUCACCGGCAUAUAUGUCAAAUAG